UCAUGUUCACCAGAUUCCGAUUCAGCCAAAGCGCUGUCCACCCUCCUGAGUGCCGGCAACGCAGCUCGAGUAUGCCGCCCACAUCAGGAGCCGAAAGAACCGCGAAACGAAAGGAAGUCGACGAGGAAGCUCCAACAGACGCUACUUUGAACUUAGCGAAGAAAAGCAAGCACGCCACCCGAGUCCUCCCUCGAAAGUGGCAGGAGCGGUAUCGCAGCAUUUGCGACGACUGCUUCGGCCUUGUGCAGGAGUGUACUCAUUUCCCUGAAGUACCGCUUCGUCUACUGAUUGUCGGUCACAAUCCUUCGGAUCAUGCAUGGCAGAGCGGGUUCUCAUACAGCAAUCCCACGAAUCGACUGUGGAAGUUACUUGCUGGCGAGUACUACAAAACUGUGUGGAAGGGAGUUCUUCCAAAGGACUGGACCAUGUCGGACCAAAACAAGAUGCCGCAUGCGCUGGGCAUUGGGUUCUCGGACCUUGGUAUUGAGCCGGGCAACGAUGCUUCUAAAUACGACCGCAAGACAAUGACGAAGUGGAAGCACGAUUUUUACGCUCGCAUGAGGCAACAUCUACGUCGAGUUGCGGCUACGCUGCACGAGAACGAUGCGUCGGCCUCCAUGGCGAUGAAAUGUUCAAACGCAUACCAGCAUGGGCCAUUGCUUGUGGCGUUUUCGGGAAAGCGGCAAUUCACGUACUUGUUUGACCCGCCUGCCAAGCAUGUACGGCGUAUGUAUGACGUUUCUUCAAUGUGCAACUCUGUCGUUAGUCGAUUCCAAACGGGAAGCAAGAGCAUGCUUCAUUGCCACCCGACUGGCCAUUGCCUCCAUCAUGUGAAGUGUGGGUGUUGCCAAGCACCAGUGGCCGCGCGGCAAUGACAGAAGCCCAGCGGUGUCAGCCAUACAUGGACCUUGCGGCGAGAUUCCACGAGUUGGCUCCAUCGGCUUCCGUCCAAGCGCCCAACUUUACGUGUGACGCAAAUUCUGCCAACAGUGUCCCGUAAGAAUGUCAAGGACUGAAGGAAUAAUGCAAGUCCGAGCACAAGGAAAAUUGGGAUUACAAUUUGAAUGCCACGCUAAAAUGAAGCCGUCCUGCUAAUCGACCUCUGCUUCGGAAGUUGCCGAAGGUGCAAUGGGAUCAUGGCAGACGGGUUUGUUGCUUGAAAGUGAAGCAUUUGACUCGUCUUGACACGGUGCGUGAUCGAGCGCAUCCUUCAGAGGGUUUGGCUGGCUCCAGCUUGCAGUCCAGUCCCCAGUCUUCAAGAAAUCCUAAGUCAAUGUACGUUAGUCUGUCGUCACAUACCAUUGCCAAUCAAGCCUUCCUCCGUGGCAGCAUUUGCGACCCAUGCGGCAUGAUCUUCGCAGCGCCAAGGCCGUAAUGCAUCCCAGGGUAGCAAGCUCCUAUGUUAACAUCAUUCCAUCGCAUCCACACACGCGAUUCCACUUUACCGUUUGUAUGUGCCGAA